UCUGACCGAAUGACCCGAGCAUCUGCUGAUCGAGUCAGUCACGGAUUUGCUUGCCAAGCAUGGUUUCAGCUACCGAGAAUUUGGAGUAAGGAGACGUAAAUUAUCGGCGAAUUCCGAAGGACGGGACAGAGAGAGAGAGGGAGGCCGGAGGUAGACCGAAAGGCAGUGCUCGGGACGUGCGUGGGGCGAAAAUGCUGAGAACUCGGCUUCUCUUCUUCACGCUUGGAUUUGCGACCACCGGCGCCGCAAUUUCCCAUUUUGUUUGGAGAGAUUUGUGGGCCGCCCAUCAUUCUACUUCUUCUCAGGUGAAAGAUAAAUUUGGCUUCCUAGAUUCCAGAGUGUCGAAUCUCGAAGCCAUGCUAUCUCAAACUCCGCAGACGGUGCAGGAUGACGGGUAGGAGAGAAGUGUGUAGACACCAUCCUAUUUUUGUCUUCUAGACGUCUACCUUUGAAUUUCCGAUCUCAGUUGUGUUAUUUCCACAUGAUGUAUUCUGGUUAGUGGUUACCUAUUGCAAGAGUACCUCUUAUCUAUGCCAACAUCUUGCCUCUUCGAGUGUUAGGAUGUGUGACGAUGUGACUUCAAGGCAAGCAGUUACGUACUUCAUAUUAUGGCAUCGUACAUCCUGUGCAAUGCUUCUGGAAAAGCACAUGCCAAGUAUGGGUUAGCAAUCCAUUUGCUUCCUGCUUGCUGUGCACCAUCUAUAAUCUCUUUUUUUUUAAGGUAAUUCUUUUGCAUGUAUCUGAUGACUGGUUAAAACUUUCAUCUGUGGAAUGUUGUACCCCUCAACUUAUGGUAAAGCAACAAGCAGUUUCCUGUUUGAUAA